CCUUUCGUUUCCAUGGUAGUAGUUAAAGCGUUGGGUCCUAAUAGGGACCUACUCUGUUAAGAGUCGCACUUUUGCUUUUCUAGAAAUUGAAGGGAAAAAAGACAAAAACCCACCCUAUAACGCAAUAACUCUCAUUCCCCGUAUUAUAAUCGAGAUGGGAAGCAGCGUAGCCUUCUUACUCUGUGUUUCUGAGACAUUUUUAUAUUUGACAGACGCUCCGACCCUUUGCAGUUGGACUACAAACGGGUUGUGACGUCAUCUCACACGGCCCUAGUGUCGCUCGACGUUCAAAAGAAUUGGCGGUGAAACAGGCUGACUGUUGAUUUUCUGCAAUGGCUCCUCACAAAUUUGUCAUUAAGAUAUUCCUGUCUGUUCUUGCUGCUGGAAUUCCAGUCCUGGGAUGUGUCUCUUUUUUUAUCGUCAAAUAAAGAGGACUCAGUGUGGGAAUUUUGCUGUGCUGGUGGAUCUCCAUGUUCUGCCCCUGGGCGGCCAAGAGGACGCCAGCUGGUUUACUAUGGGCCACAUUGAGGAGGUAACAGCCCUGGUUCAAGAUGCUGUUGACCAGAGGGUCAAGCAGUACACAGAGUCCCUCCACAGUAGAAGACACCUAAAACAGAAGAAAGAACUGCCACCUGCUUCAGCGUGUUUUGUGAAAGGGAAAACAUUCAACCUGGUUGCCAAUUUUUUGAAGCGGCACUUCAACCUGAGAUGUAUCGUCAAGCAACUCUAUGGAGAUUUGCGUGUGUUUCCUGAGCGAUAUGUUGUGUGUGUGAGCUGUCCAGAGAAUGCCUCAGCACACCAUGGAAACCCGAGCCUGGCCGCGACUGAGCUGAGUGAACAAAGCAGAUCAGAAUAUUUUUCCAGAGUAGGAGAAACCCAAGAGCCUUUAAACAGCCCCACGAAAACAAAGAAGACAGUGCUUCAAAAGAUAGCCAAACAAGCUAGUGUCCAGCAGCAGCAGCUCCAUGCCUCCAGUAUGGAGGAGCAGCAAACUGACCAGAGAGCCUGUCCCAAAGAACAAAGAGGGGAACUUCAAAUGCGAGAGUCUGAAUUAAGCCAAAAACAAACUGUGUCCAGCUCUGAACAGAAGACAAUCCCAGAGGCAAAGCACCAGGUGCCUUGUCCCAGUGCCUUAACUGAAGCCAUGGCUCAGAUUGGGACUAUUCAAAAACCAGGCCUGACCCAGGAACUGCAGACUGACACCAACUCUCCAAACAGCAAAAACCCAGCAGGAGCCUUAGUAGUUUUCUGCCAACAAGAACUCCGUCAGGAGACCAGUAAGAGCAAGAGGUGCAAGCUGAGUGAUGCUGGGGUAGACCCUCACCCACCAAAGGCCAAGAGGGCGUGCUUUGGAAGACCUCCAGCCACAAUGCUAACGCACUCCACCGAGUGCUCUACACAAACAUCCAAGCAUGACCUUCUUCCUCUGCCGCCCCUUCCUCUAGCCGAAGCCAAGGCAGAGUCCAAGGCUUUCCCAGUCUCCAAGUGCAUGAAAACCACACUGGAAGUAGAGCUGCUUACGCCAGGGAAAUGCGCCCAGAGGCUCCCCCUCACAAGCAAUAACACGGCACAGACAAACCAAAACAGGCUGGCCACAAGUCUGAGGGGCCUAUCUGUCAAGCCUGCAUCCUCAGGCUCCUCUAUUAGUUCCAGAUCCACACUCAGAGAGGAGGGGGAUGAAUAUGUGCCCAGAACCUCUAGAUUACGACGAGUGAAGAAGUCCUGAGGGAGCGAGACAAGCUACAGUAAAGAUGCCUGACGCCACAGAGAUAAAGAUGAUAUUGUGUCAGGCUACAUGUUUACCCCAUGCAGUCUCCUCAGAUGACUUGCAUUUGUACAUGUCACAGUUUACAACAAUGUCUCUUCUUCUCACAUGUGCUUUACAGACAGGCAGUACACACACACACGCACACACAUACACACACACACACACCAAAUGCUGAACAUAUCAUAGCAAUUGAUACAUGAGCUACUCUUUGUCAAAUACUUGAAACAGACUUUGUCUCCACCCAUAAAUAGUGGUGGUCAAGAGAGGCUUGCAAAUGAAAGUCAAAAACCUUUAAUUGGAGUUUAGAUUUGGUUUUGUGUUAAAGAUUGGGGAUUUCAGACAGGCAGGAGCCAUGCAGUACGUCAUGGCUUUCAGUCUGAAACGCUGGCUCCUACGUGUCUGAAAAGUGUCCAGUUUCCCCGCUGAAGCUCUGCUGUGAUUGAUUGCUAUUUCCAGUUUUAUUUCAUCACGCUGUGCUCAAAAAUGUCCUUUUGUAUUUAGAUUUCAUUCCGACACAAUUUGCUCAGUGCUUAGUUGCUAAGUACCUGAAAUCUAUCUUUAGAUGUGAAGGGUUUAUGCAGCUUUUAUACUGAACUUGAAUUAAAUUUGUGGUUAUACGGGGUACAUUAAACUAUUAGUAGUUUUGUAUGUGAUGGCUACAGUAUCCAAGGUUAAAGUGUAGAAAGUGAAAUUGUGCCACCGCCGCCGCCCGAUAUUCAACAGGAUCUGCAGUGAGCAUAGGGCAACUCGGGGCCAACUCAUGAUGACAAAAUGUUGCCUGAACACAUUACUCUUGAUUUGUUUUUAUUGUACUGGAAAUGCAUUUAUAAUUGAAUCAUAUGAAUAAAUGUUUCCUUCCCCUAUGAGAAAAAUCUGAAUGUUUGUGGAGAUCAAUAUAACGGGAUGAUA